AUGUUCCUGGGGAUGUAUUUUGAAAUUGCGCAUCAAAGCCGUAAAGGCAUGGAUUUGACAUUCCAAAUGAAGAUACUGAAUUAGUUUCCACAAAUGGGGGUUUAUGGAAUUAUGGUUAUGACACAUUAUUAUGUAUUGUGUAAUAUCUGUCAUAUAUGAAUUCAAGGUUACCCUCUCGCAUAUAAAUAGAUUAUACAUUUAAUGACGAUGCGACUCAGGGGCAUUGGGACCUAUAGCAUGAUGAUUUGGGGAAGGCAUUUAUUAAAGCACGGGAUUCAGACCUGCCACUUCAGGGCGAGCUGUCAGAUGAAGAGAUAUUACAGCUUUUUGCCAGAUAAUGUUAAAUCAUUGCGAAUGGUUGCCAAUACAGAUAUUUCCAAGAUCAGAAACAUCGGCAUUAUGGCCCACAUCGAUGCCGGGAAGACUACCACCACAGAGAGGAUGCUCUACUAUUCUGGCUUCACACGGUCGUUAGGAGAUGUUGACGAUGGUGAUACAGUAACAGAUUUUAUGGUACAGGAGCGGGAGCGUGGGAUCACCAUACAGUCAGCAACGGUCACCUUUGAUUGGAAAACACAUAGAAUCAACCUAAUAGACACCCCAGGACACGUUGACUUCACUCUAGAAGUGGAGCGUGCUCUUCGUGUGUUGGACGGGGCAGUGGCAGUGUUUGAUGCAUCUGCUGGAGUAGAGGCUCAGACGCUUACGGUAUGGAGACAAGCAGAGAAACAUCAUGUUCCCUGCAUUUGUUUUCUCAACAAGAUGGAUAAACCUUCGGCAAACUUCAGUUUUUCUAUUGAGAGUAUAAGGCAGAAGCUAAAAGUCAAUCCACUCCUGCUUCAGAUUCCGGUUGGCGUCGGUCGAAACUUCACAGGUGUGAUCGACUUGGUAAGCAACCAGCAAAUGAUAUGGAAGGCAGCGUCACGAGAGGAUGACGGCCGUGGGUUUGAAACCAAACCGCUUAGCCAGGUAGAGAACCCGGGUCUGGUUCAGGAGGCAGAGGAGGCCAGGGCGGCUUUGAUUGAGCAGGUCGCAGAUCUAGAUGAUGAAUUUGCUGAACUAUUGCUCACCGAUUUCAGUGAUGAUUUUGAUGCCAUUCCCUCAGUAAAACUCCAGGAGGCCGUGCGACGGGUGACCUUGGCCCAGAAAGCAGUCCCUGUGCUCUGCGGGAGCUCUCUGAAAAACAAAGGUGUUCAGCCUCUCCUAGACGCAAUCACUGCCUACCUUCCGGCCCCCGACGAGAGACACAAUGACCUGGUGCGGUGGUACAAAGACGAUCUCUGCGCCCUGGCCUUCAAGGUGGUCCAUGACAAGCAGCGAGGCCCCUUGGUGUUUCUCAGGAUCUACUCUGGCACCAUGAAACCCCAGACAGCUGUCCACAACAUCAACCGGAACACAGUCGAGAGAUUGAGCCGGCUUCUAGUUCCGUUUGCCGAUCAACACGUGGAGAUCAGCUCCCUGACGGCGGGAAACAUCGCGCUCGCUGUGGGCCUCAAGCAGACCGUUACAGGGGACACCAUCGUGUCCUCCAAGGCUUCUGCAGCAGCGGCUGCCCGGCGAGCCAAUCAGGACCAAGAGCUAGGGACCAAGGCCAGUGUGAUCCUGUCUGGGGUGGAGGUCCCUGAGCCAGUGUUCUUUUGCUCUAUAGAACCCCCCACCAUGGCCAAACAAGCGGAUCUAGAGCAUGCUCUCAACUGCCUUCAGAGAGAAGACCCCAGCCUUAAAGUCAGGGUUGACCCAGACUCCGGACAGACCAUUUUAUGUGGGAUGGGCGAGUUGCACAUCGAGAUCCUCCAUGAUCGAAUCAGAAGAGAGUAUGGCAUCGAGACACACCUGGGUCCCCUGCAGGUGGCGUACCGGGAGACCGUUCUGAACCAGGCCUCUGCAACUGAAACCCUGGAGCGCACGCUGGGGGAGCGGAGGCACGUGGUGACCGUGACCCUGGAGGUCAGCCCCGUGGACGAGGUCUCCUCGGGGGACGCUUGUGGCCUGACCUUUGACGAGGAAGCUGAGAGGCAGAUGUCGGCUGAAAUGAAGGACGCUGUGGACAACGGAGUACAGAGUUCGUACUUCCAAGGUCCGUUGCUCGGUUACCCAGUCCAGGGCGUCUCCACGGCGAUCCAGAGCGUCAGACUCGAACCCGGGACAUCACUAGCCAUGGUGUCUGCCUGUGUGUCCCGCUGUAUGCUUAAGGCUAUGAGGCAGGCGGGGGGGCAGAUCCUGGAGCCGGUCAUGUCCCUGGAGGUGACCGUGUGGGAGGCCCAUCUGAGCUCCGUGCUGGGGGACCUGGCCCAGAGGCGCGGGGCCGUCAGGGACAUCCAGAGUCGCCAUGACAACAAGUUGGUGCUGGCCACCGUUCCACUGGCUGAGAUGAUGGGCUACUCAACGGUCCUGCGGACGCUGUCCUCUGGCAACGCCACCUUCUCCCUCCAGCUGGACUCGUACGAGGCCAUGAACCCCCAACACCAGAGGAGCCUGGUACAAAGACUGGCUGGGCUGGCCUAGUGACUGUCUCUCGCACUUCCUCCAUGAGGCAGAAUGUGGACCACUCCAGGGAUUGGAUUGCAUUGGCCCGCUUGGAGGUUAUGGAUUAAGUC